AUGUCCAAGGCAACCCCGCCCAAUCACAUCAUCACGAACGCGUCCGUCGACGUCGCGCCCGGCGUCACCAUAGACGAUCAUCGGCGAACGCUCGUCGGCGUCGUCCUCGACCUCUUCCAGGGCAAACCCAGUCUCUACAAGAUGGACUUCUUCGCCGAGGACGCCGUCUACGAGGACCCCGUAGCGAAGAGCGUCGGCAGGACGUCGAUAGCAGGGCAGUUCUACGGCCUCCCCGAGCUCUUUCGCUCGUCUGUGACCAAGUCCGCGCAGAUCACCGCCUCCGACGCGCACACGACGUCCUUCCGCGUCCUGCACGAGUUCACGCCCAAGCUCGUCCCGAAGACGGUCUCGUUCGACACUGUCAUGACGAUCACCGUCGACGCCGCGGGCAAGAUCACGCACUGGCGGGACCGCCCGAGCGCGGGGAUCCCGGAUGGCGGGUCCGGCCUGGCGGAGUGGCUGCGCACGAAGCAGAGCGAGCUGACGAAGGCGGUGCUGAACCUGCCGAAUGACGAGGAGGAGGAUCUGGAGCGAUGGCGGAAGUGGUAUGGAGACGCGGUGCCGAAGUGA